GCGUUCGUUGUGCUGCUUCGAACGGCCGUCCUCAACAUCCUUAUCCCGUGCGAUGCCACCGCUGGCUACGUGGACUUUCGGAACACUACACCUCGCACCUCAACAUUUUCGCUUACCCUUUCUCCGUCCAUGAGGCCAUCUCCGGGGUGGAGUGACGCGGCCGGUGGACUGUGUCUCUAUAGCGUGGUGUUGAGACGGCGCAAAAAAAGUCGCGGCUCUUACACAUGAAUGUCAGCGCACUUCUGCAGCCAGGCUACACUGCGUAAUAACACCAUGUACUAUUGCGUUAUCGUCGCUUGUCGACAAUCUUUCUGUCGGCAGAUUCUGUCGACGCAUUGUCGCUUUCAAAAAUUAUUUGCCUCCUUUCUAAUUUCAGUGCUUGCUUCCUAAUGCUUUUCCCUGUGCCUUUAGUGUUUUUGCUCUCUCUUGUCAACGGUCUCUCGCUCAACCCGUUUGCUUUUCCAGGCCAGGACACCAAGCCUGUUCCGGGCGACUCUCCCCUUCUUCUAUGCGACUCCUCGUCUUCUCAACUCCUCAAACUGACUCAUGUGGAUGUUGCGCCUAACCCUCCAGAACGCGGCACAAAUUUGACUAUUGUUGCCAGAGGGGACCUUUCAAAGGAGGUUGACGAAGGCGCUUACGUCGAAGUGGAUGUUACCUACGGAUAUAUCAAAUUAUUGCACCAAACUUACGAUCUUUGCGAGGAGUUGCCUAAUGUCGAUAUGGAAUGCCCUCUCAAAAAAGACAACUACGACUUGACCAAGAUCGUCGAAAUUCCUAAUGAGGUCCCUCCAGGAACGUACACGGUGAUUGCAAGGGCAUUUACCGCGGACGACGAGCUUAUUACUUGCCUGACCGGCAGUGUGGCAUUCCCCCCAUACGGCUCGAAGAACCUAAUAAAAUUUCUGCUGCAAGACUAAAAUAUGUCGGCUAAUUAUCGGAGCUAUGCAAUAAGGUGCUCUGUUCGUUGACAGCAGCCACCUGGUCGAUGCUGUGGUUGCUGGAAACGUCAUGAUAGUCCUGGACAAGUUCCUCCAACAAUAUCCGAUUUAUUGCGAUUCUCUUCUUGAGUCUCUUUAGCUGGAAACGCAAUGGUAUUCCUGGUAAGUAACCGUUUGUAGUGAUCACCUCUCUGCUCUUUAUCAGGCCGAUGACGAAGCACCAGAAUAAAAUAUACGACGCAACCGAUCCGUAAGUGGCAGAAUUUGUCCAACCAAGAAGCGCGUUGAAUAGCAUCCACCCACCGUCCGUGAGUCCAUUGCAGCAGUUCACGUGCCACACAGAGUUGGUGAUAUCAUAAGAUCCCGGCCCGCUACCGGUUUCAGAGGUGUCCUGGCCACAUUUCUGGACAAAUCGUUCGAGCUCCAAGAACCAAACACCUCUCGACAUCAGGCCUGCAGCGACAAGGUACAGGAAACAUGUCGCAACCACAAGGAAAAACUGCAAAGACAUCUUGUUACCUCCUUUGUAUAAGGCGACACCGAUUCCUGUGCCGGCGAGGGCGCCGGUAACGAUGGCUAGUGGAAAAGAAGAUAUUGGUUGGUUGACACCGAUUCCUCCCACAAACACGACAGCCUCCAAACCUUCGCGUAGUGUAGUCACAAACGGCAGUAUCCCCAAAGCGUACUUUCGGGUGAAUUUUCUAAGUUUCGCGCGCACCUUCACAGACUUGGUCAAGUAAUCGGACAUAGGUUCAUCUUGAAAGUCGUGGAGCAUUUCCUCCUCAUUUUCAUUCAGGGCAGCACCAAGCUUCCAUUUCCAUUUGGACUGUAGUUGGUUUAUCCGCAAAAGAGCCAUUCCCAUCACGGCAAUGAUGAGCGCACUGACGAUACUAAAGACUCCUUCCCAAACCCGUUCGGCAACAGACCAGAGGUCGCUUCCCACAAGGUAGAAAACAGCAAUGAAAAUGGCACCGAGACAAAGGCAAAUAGCCAGGCCGGAAAGUGCACCAACCCAAACUUGAAGCACCAAGCCCCGAUACACGGAGGCCGAUCCCUGGACCACAAGUGAGCCAUGCUCAUCUUUCGAUGUGAAAUUUUGCUGCAAAAAGGAAAGAAGCACCGACACAAUUAUGGCCGACUCCAGAGUCUCUCUCAGUCCUCCUCCUAAAAAGAGUAAUGCUCCGGUGAAAAAGGCCCAGUUUGAGUCAAAUAAAACAAAAGAAGUUGGGGUCAGCGAUUUGACGUUACUGUCCACCAUUAGCGAUCAGACAAUCAAUGACAACCUGGAAAAAAGAUUCCAUCACGGUACCAUUUACACAUACAUCGGGCAUGUCUUGAUUUCCGUCAAUCCUUUCCGGGAUUUGGGCAUCUACACGGACGAGGUGCUGAACUCCUACAAAAACAAGAACAGACUCGAGGUGCCUCCGCAUGUCUUUGCAAUUGCAGAGAGCAUGUAUUAUAACAUGAGAGCAUACAAUGAGAACCAGUGUGUGAUUAUAUCCGGUGAAUCUGGAGCAGGGAAGACUGAAGCGGCCAAGAGAAUCAUGCAGUAUAUAGCUGCUGUUUCAGGCUCGUAUACCUCCUCUUCCCAUAUUCAGCGCAUAAAAGACAUGGUUUUGGCUACCAAUCCGCUGCUGGAAUCCUUCGGAUGCGCAAAGACUCUCAGAAACAACAAUUCGUCGAGACACGGUAAGUACCUCGAGAUUCAGUUCAACAAGUCAUUCGAACCCGUUAGUGCCAACAUCACAAACUAUCUCCUGGAGAAACAACGAGUGGUGGGGCAGAUUAGAAACGAGAGAAACUUCCACAUCUUUUACCAGUACACCAAAGGAGCCAGUGAUCAAUAUAGGCAGACAUUUGGUGUUCAAAGCCCUGAACAAUACGUUUAUACCAGUGCUUCUGGCUGCACCUCGGUGGACUCGAUCGACGAUUUGAAGGAUUUCAAGGAUACCCUUGCUUCGAUGACUACCAUUGGUCUCACCCAGGAGGAACAGGACCAGGUCUUUAGAGUGUUGGCUGCUAUUCUAUGGAUUGGUAACAUUACAUUCGUUGAGGACGCAGAAGGUAACGCUCAGGUCAGAGACACUGGAGUUACCGACUUCGUUGCAUAUCUCCUCCAAGUCAAUCCAGAGGUCCUGGUGAAAUCCAUUGUCGAAAGAACAAUGGAGACGUCCCAUGGGAUGAGACGGGGAUCUGUCUACCACGUGCCUCUAAACCCUGUUCAAGCAACAGCAAGCCGAGACGCUUUAGCCAAAGGACUGUACAACAACAUGUUUGACUGGAUUGUUGAGAGAGUCAACAAGUCUUUCCAAAGCUUGAACCUCGAGGCUCACAGAUCCAUUGGUAUUUUGGAUAUCUACGGUUUUGAGAUUUUCGAGCACAACUCGUUUGAACAGCUCUGCAUCAAUUACGUGAACGAGAAGCUGCAACAAAUUUUUAUUCAGUUGACUUUGAAAUCCGAGCAGGACGAGUAUGUUAGAGAGCAAAUUCAAUGGACGCCGAUCAACUACUUCAACAACAAAAUUGUUUGCGAUCUAAUUGAAUCCAAGCGUCCGCCAGGAAUUUUUGCCGCGCUCAAUGAUGCCUGUGCAACUGCUCACGCUGAUUCUUCCGCCGCUGACCAAUCGUUUGCACAGAGACUGAAUAUGGUCAGCAGCAACCCCCACUUCGAAUUGAGAUCCUCCAAAUUUAUUAUCAAGCAUUAUGCUGGUGAUGUGACCUACGAUAUAGGUACCAUGACAGACAAAAAUAAGGAUCAAUUACUGAAGGACUUGCUUGAGAUGAUUGGAACAUCUCAAAAUACAUUUAUUCAGACCAUAUUCCCGGAGAAAAUCGACACGUCAUCCAAGAAGAGGCCACCAACUGCCGGUGAUAAGAUCAAAACUAGUGCCAACCUUUUGGUCGACACUCUUUCUCAAGCCCAGCCCUCUUACAUUAGAACAAUAAAACCUAACCAAAACAGGUCUCCUACAGAAUAUGACACUAAAGCGGUGUUGCAUCAAGUCAAGUACCUGGGUCUGCAAGAGAAUGUUAGAAUCAGAAGAGCAGGAUUUGCUUAUAGACAGACAUUUGACAAAUUUGUGGAAAGAUUCUAUCUUCUUUCUACCAGAACAUCAUACGCUGGUGAAUACAUUUGGGACGGCGAUGCCAAAACUGCAACCACGCUGAUCUUGCAAGACACGGGCAUUCCAAAUACAGAAUGGCAACUUGGUGUCACGAAGGUGUUUAUUAAGAAACCUGAAACGUUAUUUUCUUUGGAAGAAAUGAGAGAAAACUACUGGGCAAACAAAGCCAAAGUCAUACAGAGAGCUUGCAGAAGAUGGCUCAAGAGAAGAGAGAAUGCUGCAAAGUUUGUCCAAAAGAUGUGGAGAGAAAGAGUGGGAGGUAACAAGUACGAACAACUCAGAGACUACGGUACCUCACUGGUUGUCAACAAAAAGCAAAGAAGAACGCUCAGUAUUCUUGGCUCUAGAGCCUAUAUGGGAGAUUAUCUUGGAUGUAACGAUAAGACCGGUGGGUUUGGAAAGUUCCUGAUGCAAUCUCUUGGACUUUCUGACUAUGUUAUCUUCUCGUCCAGGGGACAAAUACUACAUUCGAAAUUUGGAAGAUCAUCUCAACGAUUGAAUAGGAUUUUUAUCCUCACCAGUUCACAAUUCUACGUGAUUGCGGAGGAGCUAGUUAACAGAAAAGUCUCCUAUGUUGUUGAAACAAAGAUCCCGGUUUCAGCAAUUCACAAGGUUUCUCUUUCUCAAUAUCAAGAUGAUUGGGUCGCCCUCAACCUGAACUCUACCACCCAGCCAGAUCUUUUCAUCAAUACUAUAUUCAAGACCGAGUUGGUGACUCAUCUGAAAAAGCUGAACAAAAACCUAGGUAUUGACAUUGGUCCAACCAUAACUUACAACAAGAAACCAGGAAAGCCUCAUGUGGUGAAAUUCCAAGCCGACAACACGAGCCCUAAACAUGGAGACUCAUACAAGUCAGGUACCGUCAAGGUUGCGGCUGGGUUGCCAGCUUCCAGCACGUCUAGGCAGAAACCAAAGGGACGGCCUAUUUUGAGCAACGGCAACGCUAUUGCAAACUACAAGCGUACCGUUGGCAGCACGGCCCCUAUCGCCCAUGCAUCGAACCAGGCAACUGCUGCCGCUGUGGCUGCCUACCACCCAGCCCAGCCUUCGGCAGCAAAACCGCAGAUCAAUAGGAAACCGGUGAACAGAAAACCAGCCCCAGCCGUCAAUAAGCCAAAGCCUGCACCUCCGCAGAGUCGCCAAACACAUCAUGCUCAAUCGAGUAAGACAAACCCUGUUCCUCCACCACCACCACCUCCUCCUCCGGCUGCGGCUGCCAAGCCGAAGUGGCCUACGUUCAAGGCCGCUUACGAUUUCCCGGGCUCGGGCUCUCCUUCCGAAUUCCCGGUUACCAAAGACACAGUGAUGUAUAUCUUACAGGAUCAAGGUGCCGGAUGGUCAUUGGCCAAGUCAUUGGAUGAAACCAGAGAGGGAUGGGUUCCUACGGCUUACAUCGUUCCUUGCGAUCCACCAGCACAUCUUUUGAAAGGUGGAUCUUCUGUGCCUGCUGCUCCGCCUGCUCCUUCCAUUGCGACUUCCAACUCUACGGCUAAUGGUUCUGCUAGAAACGGCACCAUACCGGCAUCAGCCAAUGGCACAAACUCAACAACACCGGCCACAUCCUCUGAUGGUUUGGCAGGUAGUCUGGCUGCUGCCUUGAAGCAGAAACAACAAGAAGAACAAAGUUUGGCAGGGGGCUUGGCCGCUGCCAUUCGACAAAAAGCCCAUCGCGACAGCGACGACGAGGAAGACGAUGAUGACGAUGAUUGGUAAAUUAUAUCUAUAUAUAUUGUCGUGUCAGAUAAUUUGUUUGGACAAUUCUAUUGCCACCAAGAGAUCAGCGUCCUGCUCUUGUGAGCCAAUAGAAGUUUCAUUGAUUGACAUGCUCAAAGCCAAUGCCAUUUGAAGCUCUUCGUCAGAGUCUUCGAGAUGGUCUCCGUUGUACUUCUGGAGUCUCGACGCGGUCUGCGCCUCUUCAUGAAGUUCGUAUUCGUAAUCCUUGAUAGCUUCUUUGAUAUGAUUAUUGCUGUACUUGCGUUCUUUGAAGUUCUUCUUUUUGCGUUUUGUUUCUAGUUCUUUGUAAAAGUCUCCAAACUUAAAAAACUGCACCAUGGAACCAUAGGCAACCACUCCAGCAGAAAGCGACUGGUCCAUUACAAUGUUGGAUAUUGGCAGAAGCUGGCUGCCCACUUGUUGAAGCAUUUUCGAGCUGGACUUGAUGGCUAUUUUUCUGAAAAACUCGCCUGUAGUGAUAUCGUAAAAUUCGAUUUUUCCAUUGUAGGAUCCUACUGCAACCACCAAAGAGUUUAUUGCAAUCUCUGAGAGAGCUGGGAGAUCCACGUUCUGGUUUAUUGCCACCACCCGUUGAUAAUCAUCGUCCUCGUAGGCAAGCCGUGGAAAGAUAUCCAGGACAGGCCGAAUUUGAUACUCAUAAGCACGAACAUUGAUCACAAGCACUCGUCCUGAUUUCAACAAAAUUGCCAAAAACAACGGGUCUGUUCCCACAACCUCGACAUCCCUUUUGGUAAAUGCGGUGCUGUUUUGCUCCAAGCUGGAUUUGUAAAUAGGCUCGUCAGUGAUUAAUCUCCUCACAAGAUUGUCUCUGUAAGAUAUUAUUUCCACUGUAUUUUCAUCGAUCAGGACGAUGUUGCUGUCUCCGUAAUCAACGUACAUCUUCAUGAACAUCACAUUCUGCGGAUUGAUCUCCAGUGAUACCUGUAGUUCGUGGACCUCGUGCGUGCAGUCAGAAACAUUAAACAUAUUUUUCACCACAUAAAGCGCUCCUUGCGUAUCCAAAACCACAAUCACAUCUUUGUAAUCCGAGUCCACUUUAGCGAUUGUAGCCUCACAGAUCUUGCACUGUGCGACUUGGGUACCUUUCUUUAGGUCCCAGCCCACAAUAGUUCCAUUUUCGUCCCCUGUGAUUGCUCCUAUUUUGCCCUCUUUUCCUAACUCUAUUUGGUUGACAUUUACACACGUAACCAUCCCUUGAUGGCCGCUUCCUUUGAACUCCUUGAUUCCAGAUAAGAGAAUAUUCUUGUGGUUAAUAAGUGAGCCAAAGACUUUGCUGUCCCACCUUCCAAACACGAUACUGUGUUUGCUCAUGGCGUAGGCAGUAGUGCCGCUGGGGAUUGUAGACGGUUGCAGAUCGGUGUUGGCACCAUUGUUCAGGCUGCACGUCACCAAAUUUCCUGUGUUCUUGUUCAAUGAGAUGAGCUUGUUGUUUUUGAAGUCGCAUUGCAGGUCGGUAGUGUAAAAAAGGCUUUCCAGAUUAUAUGUGUUAUGAACACCUUUUCCUUUCUUCCAGUUUUUUAUGAGCGUCUCUCGUUCGAUCAGCUCUGUCCGCCACAGUCUUGUGCGCGAUACGCGCGGAAAGACAGAUCCGAUAUUGCUAAAUCUCUCCUUAAAUAUCUGCAUCCACAUAGAAUUGUCCUUUGAUAGACGAUACCAGGUUUUGCAAACAAGGGCCAUGUUCUUCAGCGAUCCGGGGUCCAAAAAUCGAAACACCACCAUGAGCAGUUCUAAUGGCAGCGGAGAUCCAGGUGGCUGGAUCUCGUACUGGUCAGCGACAUUGCUUUCCAUGGUGUAUGAGUUUGCC